UCAGAGGUAGCAGAGGAGAGAGAGACACACACGGAGCCUGGCAACUAAUGGAUUACUCUCAGACUGUUGUGAACUACACAGCAGCCAAAUGCCAUUAACCACAAGGCAAAUUCAGUACUGACAUAUUGACACACAUUUAACUACAGCCUAUAACACCCUACAAGCUCUGAACACAUUUAGAUCACAUAACAUUUGAGACAGACAGUUCUAACACUGGUCUCUUGAUCUACAUUAGCGUAAACAGACAAACUGAUUCAAUGAUCCCUCACACAAACACAGAGACAAUGACCAUGCAUGGACUUCAAUGUUGAAUCAAAGGGACAAAGAUGUGAAUUGUGGUGAGGAUUUGGACACCUUUGUGAAACAUCACUGAAGAGGAUCACAAGCAAAAGCAUGGAAAGUAUCUCAGAGAAAACGGGUUGGGAUGGAUUAGGCCACUCCUCUCUGACAUCUGCGCUGGCAGGAAGAAACAACCUCACUUCCUCCCUCUUCUCCGACUUCACGUCCCUCAACAGUUCUCAUGGAGGCGCAGGGUCCUACUAUUGGAUUAUCCCAGAGAACGCCUCAACCACCACGCCCCAAGCCUUACCCCAGCCCAGGGUGAGGGAUCUGGGCCUGGCCCGGGCCGAGAUAGGGGUGCUGGGCCUGGUACUGGCCCUGACUACCCUAGGAAACGGCUUUGUACUGUGGGUGCUGCUUCGCAGGAGGAAACAAAACGCUCCCAUGCACCUGUUCAUGGUCAACCUGUGUCUUGCUGACCUGGUGGUGGCGCUGUUCCAGGUACUUCCCCAGCUGGUAUGGGACAUCACAGGAAGGUUCCAGGGGCCGGAUUUUCUGUGUCGCUCAGUAAAGUACCUGCAGAUCGUAGGGAUGUUCGCGUCCUCCUAUAUGAUCGUUGCCAUGACGGUAGAUCGGCACUAUGCCAUCUGCUGCCCACUACAAGCCUACCGUGGUGGGUCUGUGUCGCGCUGGAACACCCCUAUCAUGACGGCCUGGGGCUUGGCCCUACUGCUCUCCAUACCACAGUUCUUCAUUUUCUCGCGGUCGGAGGUGUCUCCAGGAGAGUUUGAGUGCUGGGGUCACUUCGCUGAGCAGUGGGGGCUCAAGGCCUACAUCACCUGGAUGACCCUAGCAGUGUUCUUACUGCCAGCACUAAUCAUCACCGUCUGCCAGAUCCGGAUCUUCAGAGAGAUUCACAACAACAUCUAUCUGAAGUCAGAGAGGAUGGUGUCAGCAGAGCUCAAGAAGAACAAUGCUGUCAUCUUCCGCUUCCACAGAGUCAAAAAGGAGGACGGCAUCUCCAAAGCCAUGUCUAAGACGGUGAGGAUGACUUUAGUGAUAGUGUUGGUGUACACAGUCUGCUGGUCCCCCUUCUUCAUCGUCCAGCUGUGGGCCGCCUGGGACCCCAACCCUCCAGACCAAGGCGUGGCGUUCACCAUCCUGAUGCUGCUGGCCAGUCUGAAUUCAUGUACCAACCCCUGGAUCUAUACCUUCUUCAGCAGCUCUGUGUCCAGGGAGCUACAGGCCCUGUUACGCUGCAGACCAAGAACCCCGCGCAGGGGCUCCAUACCUGACGACUCCACCACCACACACACCUCCACCACCACACACACCUCCACCACCAAGGACAGCCUCUACUGACACACACACGUACGGUACCAGUCAAAAGUUUGGACAC